CUUUCCCCCACCCCAGACCGCUACCUGUUUCUUGCUUGCUUUGGAUUGUCCACACCUCUAGAAGACUUCACAGCGAUGCUGGACUGCAGUGACUGUGUUCUAGACUCAAGAAUGAACAAUCCGUCAGAAACCAGUAAACCGUCGAUGGAGAGUGGAGAUGACGCUACAGGCACACAAACCAAUGGUCUGGACUUCCAGAAGCAGCCUGUGCCUGUUGGAGGAGCAAUCUCAACAGCCCAGGCCCAGGCUUUCCUUGGACAUCUCCAUCAGGUCCAGCUCGCUGGAACAAGUUUACAGGCUGCUGCUCAGUCUUUAAAUGUACAGUCUAAAUCUAAUGAAGAGUCAGGGGACUCUCAACAGCCGAGCCAGCCUUCCCCGCAGCCUUCCGUGCAGGCGGCCAUCCCCCAGACCCAGCUCAUGCUUGCUGGAGGACAGAUAACUGGGCUCACCUUGACACCAGCCCAGCAGCAGCUGCUGCUGCAGCAGGCCCAAGCCCAGGCCCAACUACUGGCCGCAGCUGUGCAGCAGCACUCCGCCAGCCAGCAGCACAGCGCUGCUGGUGCUACCAUCUCCGCCUCUGCUGCCACGCCUAUGACUCAGAUCCCCCUGUCUCAGCCCAUCCAGAUCGCACAGGAUCUGCAACAGCUGCAACAGCUACAACAGCAGAAUCUCAACCUGCAACAGUUUGUGUUGGUUCACCCGACCACCAACUUGCAACCAGCGCAGUUUAUCAUCUCACAGACUCCCCAGGGCCAGCAGGGUCUCCUGCAAGCGCAGAGCCUUCUAACACAGCUACCUCAGCAGAGCCAAGCCAGCCUCCUGCAGCCGCAGCCCAGCACCACCCUCGCCUCCCAGCCAGCAACCCCAACACGCACAAUAGCAGCAACCCCUAUCCAGACACUUCCGCAGAGCCAGACCACACCAAAGCGCAUCGACACUCCCAGCUUGGAGGAGCCCAGCGACCUUGAGGAGCUCGAGCAGUUUGCCAAGACCUUCAAACAGAGGCGGAUCAAACUCGGCUUCACUCAGGGUGAUGUUGGGCUUGCUAUGGGUAAACUAUAUGGAAAUGACUUCAGCCAAACUACCAUCUCUCGCUUUGAAGCCUUGAACCUCAGCUUUAAGAACAUGUGCAAGUUAAAGCCACUUUUAGAGAAGUGGCUAAAUGAUGCAGAGAACCUCUCAUCUGAUUCAGCUGUCUCCAGCCCAAGUGCCCUCAAUUCCUCAGGACAAGGAGUUGAGGGCUUGAAUCGUAGGAGAAAGAAACGCACCAGCAUAGAGACCAACAUCCGUGCAGCCUUAGAGAAGAGUUUCUUGGAGAAUCAAAAGCCUACCUCGGAAGAGAUCACCUUGAUUGCUGAACAGCUCAAUAUGGAAAAGGAGGUGAUUCGGGUGUGGUUCUGUAACCGCCGGCAGAAGGAAAAAAGAAUCAACCCACCGAGCAGUGGUGGGACCAGCAGCUCUCCUAUCAAAGCAGUUUUCCCCAGCCCAGCCUCACUGGUGGCAACCACACCAAGCCUUGUGACAAGCAGUACAGCAACUACCCUCACAGUCAACCCUGUACUCCCCCUGACCAGUGCCACAGUGACCAACCUCUCUGUUACAGGCACUACAGACAGCACCUCCAACAACACAGCAACAGUAAUCUCCACCGCACCUCCAGCUUCCUCAGCAGUCACCUCCCCGUCUCUGAGUCCCUCCCCUUCUGCCUCGGCCUCCACCUCUGAGGCAUCCAGUGCCAGCGAGACCAGCACAACACAGACCACCUCUGCUCCUUUGUCCUCCCCUCUUGGGACCAGCCAGGUGAUGGUGACAGCAUCAGGCUUGCAGACAGCUGCUGCGCUCCAGGGAGCAGCACAGUUGCCAGCAAACGCCAGUCUCGCUGCCAUGGCUGCUGCUGCAGGGCUCAGCCCAGGCCUGAUGGCACCUUCACAGUUUGCACCUGGAGGUGCCUUACUCAGCCUCAAUCCAGGGACCCUGGGCGGUGCUCUCAGCCCAGCUCUGAUGAGCAACAGUACACUGGCAACUAUUCAAGCCCUUGCUUCUGGUGGCUCUCUUCCAAUAACGUCACUGGACGCAACUGGGAACCUGGUGUUUGCCAAUGCAGGAGCAGCCCCCAACAUCGUGACUGCCCCUCUGUUCCUGAACCCUCAGAACCUCUCUCUGCUCACCAGCAACCCCGUCAGCUUGGUGUCUGCCGCUGCAGCCUCCACGGGGAGCUCCACACCAGUCGCCAGCCUUCACGCCGCCUCCAGCUCGGCAGAGUCCAUGCAGAACUCGCUCUUCACAGUGGCCUCCGCCAGUGGGGCUGCCUCCACCACCACCACCGCCUCCAAGGCCCAGUGAGCGGGGGCGGAGGUGCCGCCAGGGCCUCCACCCUGCAGUGUGGCCAGGCUGCCUGCCAGCCAGCCAGCCAGCCAGCCGCUGCCCUCACCACCCGGUGAGGGGGGAGGCAGGGGAGAGGGAGUCCACAGCCAGAAGAAAGCAAGGAUGGAGACGGACAGCAUUUGCCUAAUUUUAUAAUAAAACACUGUCUUUUCAGGAUUGCUUCAUGGAUUAGAGAACUUUCUAACCAAAAAUUUAAAAAACAAAAAAAUCAAAAACAAGUGGAAGGACUACUUAUCAUCUCCAGCAGUCGUGAUGACAAGCUAAGGUGGGUACCAGUUCCAGUGUAGGAAGGGAUUUCUGAUUUGUCUAGAUUUCUUUUUUCUUUAAAAAAAAAAAAUCAUUUUUAUGGGUCUGUUGUACAGGCCAUUAAGUCAUAACAAGGUGUUUAUAAUCGUA